AUGGAUACCAUGGACACCCAGCAGUUUUCUCCGCAGGCAGUGGGAAAUGAGUUCGUCCGCCAGUACUACACGUUGCUAAACAAGGCUCCCAACCAGUUGCGCCGCUUCUACAAUAACAACUCCUCGUACACCCACGGGGACUCCCAGGUGGUGGUGGGUAAGCGAGAGAUACACAACCGGAUCCAGCAGCUAGACUUUAAGGAUUGCCAAGCGAAUAUCUUUCGGGUAGAUGCCCAGGUUUCGCCUGGCGACGGUGUGGUGUUGCAAGUAAGCGGAGAGCUGUCCAACGAUGGCCAACCCAUGAGGCGGUUCUUCCAGACUUUCGUUCUAGUCGCCCAGUCGUCGAGGAAGUACUAUGUGCACAACGAUAUUCUCACCUACCAUGAUCGAGGCUCCGCGCAGGAGAAGAAUCAGAUUAAGGAGACGCUUGCAUGCAGUAUUGUCCCUCUAGACCAGGAUCUAGCCAUAAGAGCCGAGCAGGUUCAGAACAAAGAACAGGUUAAGGAGCAGAAUGUGAAGAUGGUGGAUCAAGCAGUUCAAGUAGUAUGCGAUCUAGGCAGACAGGACAAUCAGGUUCAGAAUAAGGAACAGCUUGACAAGCCUGAAGUCCAGAUGGUGGAUCAGGCUGUUCAAGUAGCAUGCGACAUGGUAUCUACUGACCAGGAUCUAGGUAGGAAGGAUAAGCAGGAUCGAAUUGAGAAGCAGGUUGAAAAAUUAAACGUCCAGAAGGUGGAUAAAGCUCUUCAAGUAGCAUGCACAAUGGUCUCAAAAUAUACACAGCCGGAGCCAGUUGCUUCGGGGACGGCCUGCAGUGCUGCAUCACAGACUGAAGAGAUUUUCUUAGAGACCCAGGCUAACCUUCCUCCGCCUCAAUCAAACCCAAAUAAAAUAACUCUACGCAGAAAAUCUCCUGUGGUGCAACAGCGGCCAAAUGGCUUGAAGAAGUCAUCACAACUCAUCGAGCAAAAAAGACAGGAGCAGCCAUCCCACACGGUUACACAGGAAGAAGAAACAACACAAAAGCUGCAGCUAAAUAAUAAGCCAAAGUCUACUUCUUCCUCAUCCAGCGCAGCCCCUGAUAAAGUCCUGCCUCAGAAACAGCUCUUGUUUACAGAGUCCUUAGGCGGUCAGGUGGGUGCAGGUCAGACCAAUACAAACGGCAACAAGCGGAACGGCAAUAGUUUAAUCCAUCUAGAAAUAGAAAUAUCAAUUUAUUUGGUAGAUAAUCCUUAG